ACAACUCAGGAAAGUGUCAGUACUCUGUAGUACACAUACAACAUGACACAAUGCUUCAGUGUUAGCUAUUUAGCAGUUAGCAAAACAGAUCUCCGUGUUUACUCACAACUGGAGGCUUAAUGUAAUCUUCAUAAACAGAAAUAUCUCUUCAUAAAAAUACAUUCAAACAAUAUAUGACAUGUUACUUACGGACAUAUCAACUCCAAGGUAUAAACGUAAGGAGGUAACUGAGCUGCAUGCACACUGGAGUCUGUUCUGUGUAAAUUAAACUAAACUGAGGGUGAAAAUGAAACUUAAGAAAACACAAGCGAUACACAAAGUGUCCACCAGGUUGGCGGUAAAAUGCCAGUAAGGCUGUUUGUACAGGAAUCAGAAUACGUAUCAUAGAGGGUUAAAGUCUUCUGGUUUCCACUGAGGUCUGCUGAGAGUCAGAGAGUCUUGUACUAUAUAGUCUCUGACUCAGACUGUUAGUUUACUCGCAUAUGCAGAGGGACCUGGUCAGUAUCUUUCUACUACGAUUUCAAUCUGACUGUUUGAAUUGUUCACUGUAAAACUUUCUUCUCACUUUAUUAAUUUACACUUGUUAUACAAAUGUGUUGAACAAUGGUUUCAUUGACUGCAUUCUUCAUGAAUAAUGAAUUCAAUAGAACAUAUCUAACUCUGGAUGGGUUUGUUCAAGUCCAUAAAUACAGAUAUCUGUAUUUUGUGAUCAUAUUGACACUGUACAUUCUUAUAAUCGUCUUUAAUUUCACCAUUGUGUAUCUUAUAUGGACUCAUAGAAACCUUCAUGAGCCGAUGUAUAUUUUCAUUGCAGCUCUGUUACUGAACUCUGUUCUAUUCAGCACUAAUGUUUACCCAAAGCUUUUGGUUGACUUUUUAUCUGAGAAACAAAUCGUAUCAUAUUCAGCAUGUCUUUGUCAGGCAAUACUUUUUUACGCUAUAGGUGGUUCAGAGUUUCUACUGUUGUCAGCCAUGGCCUAUGAUAGAUAUGUGUCCAUAUGUAAACCUCUGUUAUAUCCAACCAUUAUGACAAAAACAACUGUUAUAUAUCUUCUUGUUCUUGCUUGGCUUCUUCCUCCUCUUGUACUUUUGGGGUCUGCCAUAUACUAUUCUCGUAGAAAGGUCUGUGAUUUUUCUUUGGCAGGACUUUUUUGUAACAAUUCAAUUGUAAAUCUUCUUUGUGUAAAAACAAGACUUAUGUUGAUAGUUAGUUUUUUCAAUAUGUGUAAUCUUUUAGUUCUACCUGUGAUCUUCAUACUCUUUACAUAUGCCAGGAUAUUUCUGAUAUCCUAUCAUAGCUGUAAAGAAGUCAGGAAGAAAGCUGCAGAGACCUGUUUGCCCCACUUGAUGGUUUUGUUAAGCUUUACCUGUUUGUGUGUGUUUGAUAUCAUCAUAAUAAGAGUUGAUUCUGAUUUUCCAAAAACAGCCCGAUUUGUAAUGACUUUACAAUUGGUUUUGUAUCAUCCUCUCUUUAACCCAAUCAUGUAUGGCCUAAGAAUGAAGGAAAUUUAUAAACACCUCAAGAGGUUGUUCUGGUAAGACAAACUGUAAAACGUGUUGAAUAGCACUGUAUUUUGCAUUUAUUUGUUUAUAUACCGUAUAUAUAUAUUUAUAAUGCUUAUGCCUCCGGGCCACUGGUUUUCAAAGAUCACUGGCCCAGCCAUUGUAACCGCAGGGCGCUGGCCCAGGAACUCUACUUUUUAUUCGAAAAAUAACAGUCACCAAUUUACUCUUGAACCAUUCUGAUGCAAAAGUAAAUUACAACUUUUAUUUCAUUAAUU